UGCACUCAGCCUUUAGGGUUUGUCUGUGAAAGUUUGACCAUUUAAUUGGGAUUUAAUCGACAGCUAAGUUACACUUACUAAAGGUCUGUGUUACAACCUGAAAACCCAAGUUAACUUGUGGUUUGUGACUUUUUUUCCUCAGUCAUUCAAGUGGAGUAAAUAUCUAUCAAACCACUGAUUAACAAUAGUUCACUUUGUUCCUCAUCAAAAGUGGUCCCGUUACCUCCCUGGAUUCUUCAUUUCACUGUUAUUUUCACUUUCCUCCACUAACAAACAGGCCCUUAAACACCACACCCACCAGGAAGUGAAGAGUGCAGUAACAUGAAAGGCCAGUGUAAAGUUUGUCAUUUACUUAUGUCCUAAAGAUUCACACCAAAGUAAACGGCAUUCAGUUAAAUUACAUGAUCCCUUACUGCAUAUCUGUUGCUCUGGAGUUUAGUCAAACAUGUUUGUGCUGAGACUCUUUUUAAUGAGAGGAGUCCGCUCUCUGCGAAUCUCAGAGGAUGCUGCAGCUGCAGAAUCUGCAGCCCUGGUUUGUUGCAGAAAAUAGAUCCGAUCAUCAUGCAGACUGCUUUCUGCAAACUGCACUAACAAAAACUUUUCUCGUACAGGACUCUAGUGUGCUGAGCCUGAGUCGGGAUGCCACAGAUGAUGCACGCACAGACGCUGCUGCUCGCGUUGCUCCUCCUCGAUAGACUCUUCAAUUCAAGAAGUGUAAAGAGAGGCUUCAACCGGAAACCAAACUUUUUUCUUCGAACUUUUUUUUUGCUCCGAGGCUAAAGAGGAAAAGACGAGCCCGUAGUGUCAUAAAACAGCACGGUUCCCUUUUUUCUGCAUAUCCGCGUGGAGUUGGAAAUGUGUCAGCUGCCGACCAUACGGGGAGAAGGAAACGGUUUCUGGCGAGGAUAAUAAGGGCGACGUCGAGUGAUUUCAGGCUGCUCCGCUCUCACAUAACGGAUUUGGUCCUUUAUCAUGGAAGAUGUGAGUAUAGUCCUAGCUCUGCCUCUACAGACGCCACUUCCCUGUUGGGAUGUUAUUUCUGCAUGUGCAAUGUAAAAUGAGUUUAAAACGUGUAAUCGGGAGUGAUCACUGGGUUUACGAUGAUAUGUUUAAAAACACAUCAGUGGUAAAAUACUGAUAGGGCGCGACCAAGUCCUGAGAGCUGGGUAAGGGCCCAUAGAAAAGUAUUGAGUUUACUCAAAUCAACAACUGUGUAAAAAGUCUAGAGACAGAUGUCAGCUGUGGGCUUUUUUGCUGUCCAAGGCGGUGCCCUGCACUCUUUAGAAGCUUGACACAACUUGGCACAAAGCACCUGCCCACCUGUCAAUCUGUUGCAUCAACUUGUUGGGCAGAUUCCAGCAGAAAUGAGGUAACAGAAAGCUACAGAAAAAGCGUCAUUUUUGGUGCAGACGCAAACGUACACGAAAAGAAAUAAAAGUUCAGACUUUAUCUGGGUUAGACAGGUCUUUUAGUGUAUUCGGCAUCAUUAAAACCCCUAAUGUAGAUUGUAUCGGACUUGCAUUUUAACAUCUGAGAGACACCCAGCCCGCAUCGCGUUCAAGAAAAGUAUCUGAAGUGACUUAAUUUGACAAAUCAAAGAUAGUCCAUAAAUUGUGCUUUUGCUGAGCUGACUGUAAAAGAAAGAUGAAUCACUCGAGGCUUAGUAAGGCUCCUGAUUGAGAUCAACUCAGAAAAGUGUAAUUUCUCAUAUAUGAAGGAUAUCUGGCCUAGCAGUCGUCUAUAGGAGCACAUAAAUCAGAGUUUGAAAUGGACACACAGGUUCAUUUGUGCCAUUCUUAAAAGAAGUGUCACUUUUUAAAAGGUCAUGUAGUGGUAGCCUACAUUAAAGAUAGAAACAAACUACCUCAAAAGCUGCUGGGAAAUUAGCCUUUUGAGGAAGCAAACUAUAAAAGGAAGUUAAACAGAAACAUCCUUUACAGUACUAACAUAAAGCAUAGCGUGUGUGUAGAUGCGUGAGAAACCCCACCCUAUGAAUGUGAUCAAAAACUUUUCCUUUUCUCAAACUAUCAACUUUACUAUAGCAAACUGACAUACUGUACAUAGAGCAUUAGUGUUGGGUUUAAUUUUCAAGCAUCGUCAUCAAACAGCAACAGUGUGGGUUGGCAAGUAGUGAACACAAUCAUAUCUGUGAAGUGUUAAUUAAAGUCACAUGUUGAGAAACAGGAAGGCUAUAAAUAGACCUCAAGUUUUACCUCCAGCCCUAAUAUGCUUUUUUACAGAUCAGUCAGUGCUGUAUGAGUGUAGGCAACUAUGAGGUCACCAUGGCGAUGGAGGGAUGUGUUAAAUGAUUUCCCAAGGUUGUACUUUUGUUAUCACUUUCAGCAUUGUCAUGGGGUACAUGGUCCUAGCCCUGUAAACAUAAUGGUAUUUAACGAGUUAACACACUGGGAUCAUUGGUUGUAUUCCCACUCUCAUGCAUUGUGCGGCCUCUGUCCUGAAUGACAGGGAGCUUUGGCAUGAACUUGGCACAGGUAUUUUUAGCUCCAAGCAUACUCUGCUCUGUGUUUUUCUUACUCUAAGUUAGUCCAAGAAUUAGAAAACAUGUAAGAGAUAUUGUGCAGUUACCCAGUUUUAAUGUGAACUAGUGUUUAGACAAGGUAAAAGAAAGCCCUUGAUGUGAAGGGGGUGACGAGACCAGUCUUCACUAUCAUUAAAUAUUACAUUAAUAUCACUGUACAAGACCCUCUGCUUUGUGUCAGGGUCUUGUCUCACUCUGUCUGGAUUUUAUCUGACAUAACCUCAAGCCAACAAAACAAUAUUCCACUUCUUACCAGGCAACCAACCAAAUAAACCCCAAAUGAAUAGAGGAUAGUGAUGGAAAAAUCCUUGAUGUUGUUUGUGCUUUGAAACAGGAAGAGAUGAAAUCAUAAAUAGUCCACUUCGUGUGCCGUACACUCCUCUGUGAUAUGUGUGACGUGUGGGAUCAGUCUGAGGGAGAGCUAAAUAUGGACAGAAAUAUUCAACCUGGUCUAACACUACUGUCGGUGAAAGUAAUUAGUUCAAAUGUGAAGUUUAAAGUUGAUUUGCCUGCUAUAGGUAGCUGAUAAGAAGCUGUUGCCAUGGAAGCAACAUGGCAGACGGCUUGUGCUGAAUAGAACCCCUUAAGGGGGAGCAGGACCCGGUUCAUGCAUCCUGGUCACUCUGAGGAGAUUUUAACCGGCUUAAACCACCUUUUCAAAGUACAGUUGACCUUUCAAUUAAAGUGAUUUAAAGAAGAAAGGGUGAUAUUAAAUAAUCAAACAUUUUUGUUGCUUUUGUCCAACAUCACCCUGUCAGAUUAUUUUUAACCUUUAACAUCAGUUAAAGUAUUUUAGCCAGCUGAUGGAGGUUUGUUAGAGUCACAGCAAUGGCAGAACAGAAGAGGAGCUUUAUAGUUUUUUUUUUUCAUUCGACCUUUUAACACAUUUACUGAUAAGUCCAGAGUUUGUUGUAUUUGCUGGGCGGCUGUUUGUUUGGUUGCUGGACUGUUUUCACUUUCUAGCUUCAGAUAUUUCUUUUCUGCUGACAUCGUAGCCAUGGGGUUGCUAUUGUUAUGUGUAUGUAACACGCUGUCCUGUGUUUAUGCGUUUGCCCCUGAACCCUGUGUUCCCGGAGAGUUACCAUAGGCUGCUGUAAAGUGACUGUUGGCUCACUUUCAGAAAGCUUGUUGAAGUCGAUCACAUGUUUAAAUUCUCUAAGACUGAGACAGACACCAAAUGGCACUUUGGAAGAAGUUGAGUAAGUUGGCAGUAUUUGUUUGUAAAUGGCUAAAAUCCAAGUGUGCAUGACUUCUAAACAUUUGAUGAAGUGAGAAAAUGAUGUUGAGUUUGGGGAUUCCCAAAGUGAAGCAGAGCCAACAGGAGUGAUACUUCCUAAAAAGGUUGCUGUAGAAGAGUUUGGAGUUUGUUUUCUACUCUGCUUGUUUUACUCUCUGCUUGUGAUUUUGAUUGAACUGUAACAACCAAACCAAAGAGGGGAGGUUUGUGAGUUUUCUUAACCCUGUGGAGACAGAAGUCAUGGAGCUGGCGUUGGGGAGAUGCCUGUGAUUGUUGGGAUGAGUGUUGAGCAGAUUCUAAAGCUAGUUUGCUCGAUAAUUUAAUAUUCACCAGACAACAGAAAACAGACUGAAAUCCUGCAUUUCUAAAACUCAGUAGCAACUGUGUAACAGUACCAUAGAUAUGAUGAAUAUGAAGCACUCUUCUCUGUUUUGUGAAAAGUCAACAUCUUCUUGCAUGUUAGUGACAGGACUCUGGGUAAACUUUGACCUCAUGGUUUGAAUUUUGUUCAAUCAUUUGGUGCUGAGUUAAAGUUCGCGUCUAAACCUGGAGUUCAUCUACCUGGUUGGUGGCCCCCUCACAGCUCUUAUCUGUCCCUUUAUAUUUUGGAAGUUUUUUUGUUUCCCCUUCUUUUUCUACUUCACAUUUUCUUUCAUUUCACUCUACAAAACCACUGUGGCCUUGUCCAUGGGGACCAUUAGUCUGCUCUGUGAGUCAUCCUUUUAUCGGCAUCUCACUGACCCAGAGUGCAGCGUGACGUGUCUGCCUGACCUAUUCAUCCAGGAGGAAACAGACUGGCACAUUAUGUGUCAGGCAGAAAACAAUUAACCCUCUCUCAUAAUCGGCCUGCUCUCCCAGCCUCUGCUGCACAAUGGAUGUGUGUGUGUGUGAGCAUCGUCUCAUUGGGGCGCAGCGGACCAUUUUGGGGAAAGUGCUAUUAUGAAGAAGAAAGUGCCUCAAUACUGAAUGAAUGUGUGCACUUGUAGAGACAAAAAGUCCUCCAAAGAUGCAGAGAUAGAGAAUUCAUUCUUUUAGAGGAUGUUGCUGAAAUAUUCAGUUUACAACUUUCUGUUAUUCUCACACUUAAGUCUUUGAUAUCAAUGUCUCUCUCUGCCUCUGAGUGUCCUUCAUACUCGGAAAGCUGCAGAUUAUUUUGGCUUGAUGUAGUCCAGUCAUAGACAAGAGGUUACUGUCAGUUAAACAACUUCAGUGUCACGUGAUCAGGACCAACAGUUCAAAUCUGUAAAUGUUCAAUAUUAAAAACAUCGCUGAGAUUUCCUUCAUUUUGUGGUCACCAACAGCUGAGGGGUAAAUUUGCGGUUGUUAAAAGCACAAAGUGUUGCAUUAUUUGCCCCUGCUAUCAGCUCUGUUUCUGUUUCAAGGUCAGAUCCACAGAGUAAAUUACACUUACAGUAUUCAUGUGCAAACACGCUCAGAGCUUUGCAGCUUUGUGUGGUUUGCUCCUGUUUCACACCUGAUUGCAGAAAUGAGCCCUCAGCAGCAUCUCCUUUUUGCUGCACAGAGAGCAAAUAAGUGAGAAGCGAAAUGGAUAGGUGACACUUUGAACAAGGAAUGAGUGAAGUCAGAGCGGACAGAUGUGAUACAAAUUACAUUUGUUUACAGAGACGCUUCCUCCCUGGAGCAAUCUGAAAGAUUAAAAAAAACACCAUCUUUCCUGUUUGUCUCCAUCCCGUCUGCACACAUGUGUUUGUGUCUGAUGGAUUUGAGCCUCACAGAGCUGCAGACAGAUUUCACCCCUGUUUGUGAAAACAGCAAUAUUAAUACUGAUAAUAAUAAAAACACGAGCAAAGUUGAGUGUGACCUCCCCUAUGAAGCCUGCGGUGAAUUUUCCAGCUCUCAGCAGACAGCAAUAGUUUUAGUCUAUUAUUUUUGGUUCUGGUGAUGAAGAUAUUUUUUACAAAAAGGUUCAUCCGCCUAAAAGGAGAAUAUCUGACCAUUAUUUAAAAUAUAGCUCAGACUGCAUCUUUAUGUGUCACUUAGCAGACACAAACACUGCAAUUUAUUGUAAAUCAGGUCCUAGGAGAAGAAUGUAAGGAAUAUAUGAGAGUAUUAUCAAAGUCAGGACUGUAAACAACAACCUUAUUUAUUGGUGUUGUGUCUGUGGAGGAAUGUACGUUGCAUGUUUUACACAAAGAACAAGCUGCCAUAAACUAUUCAUCCAUUAUUAAUACUGUGAUUUUACUUUGAAACAAAAGACCCUCACUGUCCAAGGGGACUAGGUCAUCAACAGUUACAAACUGUUGAUGACCUGAUUUGAUCAUUUUUGACUGCCCAGGUUUGUUCAUUUGAACAUCAUUCUGCUGGUUUUGUGGUUAUAUCGAGUUGUGAGAUAGUGCGUAGAUACUUGUAUUUAUUUUACAUUGUUGCUGUUGUGCAACAUUAAGUGGUCAUAAAUGUUCUCAUGUGGUGUAAAAUUAGACUUCCUCCUGAGCAAUGAGCAGUGACCAAAUGUUGACACUUCUUUUUUCAAACAACUUAAUUGAUCCUUACUGAGGCAACAGGUUUACAGCAGCCUAGAAAAGACUGAAGCACAGUGACAUACAGAUGACAGCGAGUUAUAUAAGAACUAAAAAAAAAAGAAGAUCGUUAGACUGAUAAGGGUUAAAAUCAGAUAUGAUAGUCAGAGGUCAGUCUCAUUAAAAGAUAAGAGAGUUGGUCUUGGUAAAUGGAUAGAAAGCCUGUAAAGAAACAAAGACCCUAUUUCAUGGUCUUUCAUCUCCUUUUAAGAGGCUUCAGAAUAUCAGUGACAACAAGAAGCUGCACAAGAUGGUUCGAUUAGGUUCAUAUUUACCAUGAGAGGUCACAGAGAGGUCAGAUAGAGGUCAGCGGAUGUGAGGAGAGGCCGAGCAGCAGAGUGCAGAUUUAUACGAGCAAAUGAUUUUAUACACUUCUGAAAAUUAGGAUGAAUUUUUGUCAACAACCUCUUUUUGCAUGACAAAGACAAGAUGAUGAUGAGCUCAUAGUAACAUCGCCGUCAAUAAAUGUUUUAUUUCUGUUAACAAGAAGAUUAUGAGGCUUAGAGGGUUUUAAGUGGACUGUUCGACUAAAUACCCAGAAUUUUCCCACAGCUCAUUCUGGUAUCAGGUUGAGUUAUUCGGAAAUGCAGUGAUUAUUUGUGACUUAAAUGCAACAAGUGCACCAUGGGUACAAAUCCGAACUGUCUUCAUGCUUUUUUCUCCUUUUCACUUACUUGGAUCUUUCCUCUAUAUAACCUUCGCAGCAUUGCAUUGUGGGAGAGUCUGAAUCAUCUGACUAAGAUCAGGAAUCCAGGUAUUGCACGUUUAAGUGUUGAGAGAGUGAAACAGCAGAUGUAACUACUCGGUACAACUUGAUGCUAGUCUCUGAUCUGCUAAAUAUGGUUUGGAGUCAAAGUAAAAAUGAAGAAAAAACUCUUUAGACCUUUUAUGACUAAAAUUAGACUAAAAUGUUUUGACUUUUCAUCAGCUUAGACAAACUAAAAUGUAACUUAGUCUGUGUUUUUGUCCUCAGACUAAAUCAACUCUGGGCAGAAAUGUUUGGAGAGGGUUUAUCCAGUCUUUGCCAAGUGUGAAAGUCUUUCCUCCUGAAUUAACAUCCGACAUUUGACACUAAAACGAGGAGCAGACUUUGUUUUAUGCCUCUAAACCCUGAAACAGACAAAAACCAGGAUGAGGAGCCCACUAGUGAGUGAAGCUCACAAUCCAGCUCUAAGCGCUUGUGUCUGCUUCUGAUUGUAGGGUGUGGACGACUUUAUCACCUCUUCUGUUUUUUUAUUGCAGCACAUUUGGCUGUGACAACACUGACAGCAACGGCACAAAACAGGAAGUGACAUCUCAUAACAGAAAAGGGCAUCUUGUAACUUUAUCUUUGUAAUGCAGCGAUUAUGAAUCAGAGAAGGUUUCAUUUGAUUUCAUGUGUUUACAGGGUGUUUUUGUGGGGCAGAAUACAUCCCUGAUUAGUCAGUGACUUGUGCUUCAUUUAAAGCUCAUAACACCAGUGAGCCAGUAGAUUCAGUGCUGUGUCCCAGCUGGAGCAGUGAGGAGUUGGUGGGAGUCAAGUGUGAGCUCCACUGAGGGCUUGUGGUGAGUUCAAGCUGGGCAGGUCAGCGUGAAAAUCAAUGACUGCCAGAUGCUCUCUGACCUCAGACUUGAUCAGAAACACAUGUCUGCUAAGGUGUGCCUCCUCAGCCAAACCCUGUUUUCUCUUCCUUUUUAAGACCCAGCAUACAUGAGGUAGGUUAGCUUUAGCACAUUGUAAGAUUAGAACCAUGUCUGACUGUGUGUUAUUAUAGUCCACACACUGAAGCCGAUGCACACUAUGACACCACAGAAAGGUCUGAUAAUAGUUUGGGCAAACUCUUCUGGUUAGACUUGUGUUUCAGUGCAGAGUCGACUUCCUGUGUGAGUUUAAAAAUAUGAGCCCCUUCACCCACUGUGUGCUAUCACUGAGCUCAGCUCUAUUACUCAGCCAAGCUCUUAGUAAUGGAAACCUCUCACUGCCGCUCCUUUGUGAAGGUUUGGUCAGUUUGAAAUGUUUCCUUGUCCACAUGACCUUCAGGUGCUCUGCAGAGAGAGUCUGCUUCGUCUCUCCACCAAGAAGAGAUUUCACUGAGUGGGUUUUUAUUCUUGCCCCUCUCACUUUUUAUCUGGCAUGUCUGUCCUCCUCACUUGGCGUUCCUCUCCCUGCAGCUGCACUGCUGUUUACAAAGUAGAGACACACUUGCAGCUACAGUGAAAGUGGAAAAACAGUGAGAUGACCUCCCACCUAAUCCUAGAAAAGGAAAAAAGAUAUCCUGUGGAAGUUCCUCUAAUAGAAACGAAGGCUGUGGAUUUUGCAGACACCUGCACGUGUCUGUGUGUUAGUCACUGUGAAAAAUAUGAAUAUGGGUUUACAGAAAGCUUACUCCACAAGUCUACAUGAAGAGCUCAGUCUGUGUUUUGCAGAGGUCAGCAGCCAGGUUGCAGCCAUUCACAGUCAUAAUAAAAGAGUAAUGAAGGAAAAUGUAACAAGCUUUAUUUGCUAAGCAACAAAGUUAAACAGGGUCAAAAGCAGCAAACUUCUACAAUUACAAACAGUUCUGAAACUGCACAAAACUAUUAAAAAGUGCUUUAAAUGGAGAAAUCUGUCUGACGGACUUCACCCAAACAUUAUCCGGCCAGCCCCCAAGUAAAAUUUCCACAGGAAGACAGGGUGGUUAUGUGAUGUGUGAACACAACCGAUAAAAGUCAGAAUAACUACACAAUUUUAUUGAAUUUCCCUUCAGGGAUCAAUUAAGUUCUUCUUCUUCUUCAAUUCACUAAAAGCCCAGCUGUCGUGGCAUUAGACAUGUAAUGAGGCUGUUUGUCAUAUGGCUGUGAAGUCUUAGUCGACUGGUCGAUCAAGAUGCUGAUUGGUCGACUCGAUUUUUUUCCAUGUCAAUUUACAGUCUAUGGCUAAUUUCAUCAGGAGGAACAUACCAAGUGCUAAUGGGGCUGUUUUCAGAGCUCCCCCAUUCACAAGUAACAGCCUGUCUCAGAAAACCCCCCUAGUUUUCACCAUUUUGGAUUCGCCCAACCCACUGGAGACUGACUGGAGACAGGAAGAUUGAAGACCGUGCAUGUUAAUCAGCGUCCAAGUAUUUUGAGCAUCUCAAUUUACCUUUGUCCUGAUAUCAAUAUAUUUUAACACCGCUGACCCCUCUGGAAUAAUGAGCUUACACUUAAAUAAAACACUAAAUUAGUGCAUGUGUGUGUGUGAAAGAGUGACUGCUGUGCAAAGAACCUUAAACUGGUCAGAAGAUAAAAAAUAGUGCCGAACUAGGGAAGUCUGUAACAGUAACAGUAUAUCUCCAGAGGCAUAAAGAUCAGUUCUUUGGUUAGCUAGUGCGUUUUUUUUUCACAUUCGGUACUGGACUUGUAGGGAUAGCUCAGUUUUACAAGUAUGUUUGAGAUACUUUUAAUAGUACAUGUAUUAUUAACCACAGAGGACACCAGUUAGCUUGGCCCUUUUGUUGCCGCAGGACAAGAACGAAACCUUGACUAUCAGCCGCUGUAAACGGGGUCAACCACACAGACCACAUAAUUUAGCAUCUGUUAACAAACUCUAACAAAGGCCUCUUUUUCAGUGCAUGAGCUCUCUCUGGUUAGGAUUUUUCAGUGCAUCACUUUGCUGUCAGACAGCUUAUUUAUUUUUGCAUUAUUUGGAGAUGCAGCAUGUAUGUGUUCUCCUUAUACAGCACAUUGACUGGCCUGGUUCUUCAUGUGAUGAUAUAUUGGGGAUUUGUUAUUUGAAGCAUCGAAUGCCUCAGACGAACAGACAGACACAGUAAUGUGUAGAGUUUGUGAUUUCAGGUUACUCUUCUGCAGUCUGAUUAUUUGAAUGAAUGAAUGAACUCCUAAUCUAUGUAGCAGUGUGCAUUACAUAAAACACCAGCUGAACAGCAAAUGAAGUAACUGAACCACAUUCUGCCAUGAAAGAAGAUCAUUUCAGGACAUAUUUGUACACCACCAAAGGUCUAGAAAACACACCAGCAUGGAUUUAUCAGGUGGAAAGCAGCAGCUCACUUUCAUCAUCAUGGGAGGUUUAUCAUUUCCUUUUUGAUUUGGCUCAGCGCUCCAUCAUCAAUCACUCCAGCUGCUGUUUAUUGUGUUGCUAAGCAGCUGCUGAGGUCUCGCUAUGAGUUGUCUAUACCUUUUUUGGAUGUGUUGCAGACUUCAACCACACAUCUGUGGACAAAUCGUGAUAGGACCAAAACAGCAACUGUGCAGAACACAAACUCGAUAUUGUUUAAGGUGUUAUAUUCUGAAGUGAGAGGUUAACAAGUAUGCUGGUCAGAAAUAGAGCUGCUCUUCUUUCUCGCACACCUUUUUUUAAACUACACCACAAGUACAACUUGGGAUCUCUUUUUUGCUAACUGCUCAAUCUAGACUGGGGAGCAGGUAUAUUUUACAAGUGAAGUGAUAGCUGUCUGUGCUCUGCCAGCACAGUGCCAUGUGUGCUGAGUGUGAUUUCCUUCCUCUGUUUCGUUUUAGGGUGUGAAAGAGGACCCAGCCCAGAGUAAAGAGCCAAAAUUCCUGGCUAAGGCUGGCUGGGUGAAGAAGUCCCACGGCAGACUGUUGACCAGCUACAAGGAGCGCUUCAUCCAUGUGGAGAAGACUGAGAUUGUGGUGUAUGAAAAUGAGGUACAAUAACAUUUCUGUCUCAUCCUGUCACUUACUCCUGUAUCACUCUCACUGAUGAACACUAUCCAUUUAUCAUUUACUAUUUACACAACAGGCCAAAAGUUUGGAAGCAAGGCCAUUACAGGCCAAACAGUUGGGAGUAACUUCAAGUUUUUGUUCACAAUGCUUUUUUAAAAAUCCAGCAUGAGUUUUAUGUAUUUUGGGAUGUAUUUACUCCAUGAUCAGAUGUUGCUUUGAUGGAAAUACACCAUUUUACUCCAUUUACCUUUAGAUAUACAUUGAUGUUAACAGACCAUUGCUAAAUAUAUGUCAGCAAAAGAUAAUAAGGGCUUAGUUUUAGGGUUGAAAAUAUUUGCAAGAGUCACAACUUCAGUGCAAAAGCAAAAAAACAAAUCACAGUUGGAUUAUUCACUUCAACUCUUUGGCUUUUGAGAGUCUGCAUUCAAAAAUCCUAAGAAAUCUCAACUGCGUUCAAACUUCUGCAAAAAUGGCUAGAAAGAAGCAACUGAGUAAAGAAACAAAAGUACAGAUUUGUACAUUGAAGAAAGAAGGAUACACAGAAAGAGAAAUUGCAAAACGCCUAAAGGUGUUUAACAAAGGAGUCCACUACACUCUGAAGAGACUAGAGGAACCUGGAAGUUAUGAUGACAGAAAAAGGCCUGGACAAAAGAGAGUUACUACAAAAGCAGAGGAUAAACAUAGCAUUGUCACCAGUAAGAGAGAUCAGCAAAAGACAGCACCAAAAACAAGGGAGGAAAUCAACAUGACAAGGUCGAAACCCAUAUCUCUGACAACCGUGAAAAGAUGUUUGAGAAAGGCUGGUCUGAAUGGUUGUGUAUCUGCAAAAAAAACACUACUUUGUCCACAGAACAAGAAAAAGAGAUAUGAGUGGGCCAAAGCUCACAAAAAUUGGACUUAUGAUGACUAGAAACAAGUUUGCACUGUUUGGUUCAAAAGGCAGAGUCUAUGUCCGCAGACAAACUGGUGAAUGUCUGAAAGCACCAUGUGUUACGCCCACAAUUCAGCAUGGAGGUGGCAGUUCCAUGUUAUGGGGAUGUUUUGCAGGUGAUGGCGUAGGAGCUUUGUUUGAAGUAAAGGGUAUCAUGAAGAAGGAACAGUACCACUCCAUCCUCCAGCACCGUGCUGUUCCAUCUGGACUCAGACUUGUGGCUCAUAAGUUUGUUUUGCAGCAGGACAAUGACCCUAAGCACUCUGCCAAGCUCUGUCAGGGUUACCUAGACAAAAAAAGAAGAGGAAGGUGUUCUUCAAAAGAUGGUUUGGCCCCCUCAGUCUCCAGACCUUUCUCCAAUUUAGCUUGUGCGGGAUGAAUUGGAUCGAUCUGUCAGAAAAACGCGUCCCACGAAUCAGUAGUCUCUUUUUACUGAACUUAAGAAAGCUUGGAAUGCAAUUCCUGGAACAUACCUUAGAAAAACUUGUGGAACGAAUGCCUGGUAUAUGCCAAGCUGUUGUUAAAGCCAGAGGAGGUUACUUUAAAGAAAGCAAAGUCUAAGCAACAAUAACUCAAAUACCUAAUAAUUAUAGUCAAAAUGCCUUCUGAUAAGUUACUCUUCACACAAUAGUCAUGUUUAUUGUGUUGCAAAUCAUAUAUAUGAAACUAUAUUUCUUUUUUUGUACAAAUCUGAUCUUGCUUCCAAACUUUUGGCCUGUAGUGUAGCUCUUAUAAAAUCAUACAAAACCCUCAUGACAUGUGCAGAGCAAACAAACACACCCUGCUGUAGCUGUAGUCGAAUACAGUAGGCCGUGCUUGGGCUCUGCUUGUGGGGUCUGUUAUUAACUGAUCAUAAAGCUAAAUGACUCUGUCAUUGGAAGAAGACUUGGAGGGUAAUCUAUGUGGCCUUGUGUUGCAGGACUUGCAGAACUGCUUGGAGAGGCUCGACCUGGAAAACUAUGAUAAAUGUCAUGAGUUAAAGAGCCCGUUCAAGAAGAAACACAGACUGAUUGUGAUACGCUCCCCAAAGUCUGCAAACAAGGUGAGCUGCGGGACGCUAAACAUGAACUACAUGCGAAAAUGCAAAGAGCUCUAAUACAAUGAAAGAUGAUGUACUUUUUUUCUUAUCUGUUCAAUACGGUCAAAAAAAAGAAAAAAAAAACAAAUGUCUGAUUCUGACAACACAUGAUUGUGUCUGUCGGGAUAAGAAGAAUAUUGAAGGACUCAUGUCCACAGUGAUUGGUUUACAAAGGAGUGAAAGAGGUAAAGUUCAGAAAGAUAAAAGGAGUGAAAAGGUGAAGAUAAAAAGAGUGAAAGAGGUGAAGAGAAAAAUAGUGAACGAUGUGAAGUUCAGAGAGAUAGAAAGAGUAAAAGUGGCGAAGAGAGAAAGAGGUGAAGAUAAAGCUGUGAGACAUAAUUUUCUUUGGGCUACUUUAUUUUAUGAAGUGGAGGGGAAAGAAGAGGAAGAUGCUUCAGAGUGAGCUGCUGCCCUUGUAAAAGGUGAUAGCAGUGAUGCUAAUUUGGAUUCCUGCUGAAGUUUGUGUGAAGCAUAAAGCUGAGAAAUGUAAGUUAUAAAAACACACUCAGUGCAUGAAGGGCUGUAACAGUUAAAUACCAGGAACUGGUAUUUAAGGAAGCUGUAGCGUACUGUAACAUGUUUAAUGAGGGAAGUGAAACCAUUUAACUUCAUGGGAAACUUAAAUGCUCUUUAUGCACAUCCCCACCUCUUAGCCCAUAUUUACUCUGACACAGAGCGCAAAGCAGACAGCACCCCAGUUUGAGGGCAGGGCCCUGCAUGGAUUAGAGGUUGGGGUCUGGACAUUCUUAAAAAAAUGUGUACUAUAUUAUUUCAGUGGUUCUCUGAUGGAAAUAAGUUCAAAACAAUGAAUAUUAGGUUACUGGAUGAACCUUUUUAAGUUGGUAUAACUCAUCAGUGCUUGAGUGUUUUGUAAGGUUGACAACUCAUAUCAGGAAACAUGCAUUCAAUGAAUAAAUGAAGACCCCUGAGGUGAAGACUUCACUAUCACAAUCUGCCACCAUUAAAAAUACAAUACUGCAGACAAAAGGAUUACUUCACUCUAUCCUUUUCACAAACUAAACCACCUUAAACUUAUAUGAAGUUUUAGUUUGUACUGAUUUUCAGACCCUCUGUGGUCUCAAGGAGGCAUCAGUAUUUAUUGAAGUCAGUGUCAUCUAAAUAAAACAUCCUCAUGAGAGCUUUAAUGAAACAAAUAUGAUUGUCUCACCAGUAAAUAGAAAAAGUUAUUGCAGCUCUGUUGAAGCAGAAGACAAGUUAAGAAGCGUGUGGUUUCAAAGAUAGAAGCAGACCUCAAGAUUCAGUCCACUCUAUUUGUUAUAGAAACAGUCCACAAACAUUACAGCUAACCUCAAUGAGGAAGUGACAACAAGCCACAGCAGCCCUCAUCCCACACUGUGCUGGUAGAUACUAACCUCUGAAAAUACAGCGCAUAUUUCAGUAUAUCUGUCGUUCACUUCACCAGAGAGUCUAAGAUGGCUGACACUGAUGAAGAUGAGGAGAGUUAGCAGUGGUCUAAUGCUUAAAAAUGUCCUUCAGAGCUGUCUGACAGGUCACUUCAGCCAAUGCGCGCAGAUAGGGGGUGUGUCAAGGGGGUUUCGACAUACCCAGAUUCGAAUGCCCUUCGAUCCAUCCCCCUCACUUUUAUUUAAAAAAAAAACAAAAAAAAACUCUUUCUUUCUUUGCUUAAGGCAAACCUCACAGGAAAAUAAAAAGAUAAAUUGACAUUAGGUUUAUUGCAUGUCAGUGCAUGCUUUGCAACAACUCACAUAAAACCACACAAAGACUGGUAUCAAUAUUUGGUUGUUGAGCUGGGCAGGCUGCAUUGUAGUCUUGAGCCUGGUUGCCAUGGUUACCCAGAACGAGUAUGACAGGCAUCAAUGGGAGAGCUCCUAGUUCAGGACCCCAUAACCUACCAACACGCAUGAUGAGGCCACCCAAACCGAAAAGGCAGAAAACUAUUGCAUCCUUUUUUCAAAAAGCAACAACUGUAAGUAAACUGUGCCUUACGUUAUCAUAUCACCUUGGAAUUUUUUGGUCGUCUGUUCAAAGUAAUGUCGCUGUGGAAGUAAAAUCGUAUGGAGUAGAGACAGGCAGAGAGAAUAGAGGAAGAGAGGUGCCAAUUUCACAAGGGGGAGGGGAGGGGGGAAUCAACCUUCAUGCAUUUAUUUAUUAUCCAUUAAAUCGGCCAUUGCAACUUUCUGGAGUUGUGGGGGUCUUUUGGAAAUGUGUACUUGAAUCCGUGAUUAUGCCAAACCUAAUGGUGUAUGUUGUUACAGUUUGUAUUAUGAGAAACAUGAACUUUCAAGCCAGAAAAUUGCUAACGUAAUCAUUUUAAACAGUGAACUGUAAUUUUAGUUACUAACACCCAGUCAGAUAUCAUGACUGAUAUUAGCUGAUCUAGACAUGGUAAUAUGCAAUCAUUUAGACUGGCGCAAUGUGUUCAAUUUAAGGUGAAUCAGUGUUAGCGUUUAGCACAAUUGUGUUGUUGUCAUAGAUCACCUCCAUUGAAUUUGAAUGACUGAGGCUGUUAGCUUGUUAUCUCGCCUUACAGACACAGUAAAUUAUUUUUUAGAGUCCAGAAUCGGGACUGGCGGCUUCGUCCCCCCCAGUUCUAAAAAUCUGCGCCCCUGAUUCAGCCGUACAUCAGCUGUACAGAUCACAACUCAAAGGCAUGAUGUAGACCGAACAGAGCUGAAAAAACAGAUGCUGAUGAACAGAUGCUGAUGUUGCUCUGUGUGUGGUGCACAUGUAAAAAGAGCUGUUUAUUUACUUUGAUCAUAUUUUAAUGGUGAUAUAAUAAAGAAAUACUUUCAAUGGAGCAUUUGAAAAGAGGUCCAGUCCAGUCCAUUGGUUGCGGGGUCAAGAAAAUGUUCAAUAUAGGUGGACAGCUUCUAUGUGUGUGUGUGUCUGUGUGUGUGUGUGUGUGUGUGUGUGUGUGUGUGUGUGUGUGUGUGUGUGUGUGCGUGUGUGUGUGUGUGCGUGUGUGUGUGUGUGUGAGUCAGACAGACAGACAGACAGACAGACAGACAGACAGACAGACAGACAGACAGAAAGAGAGGUAUACAGACAGUGUUGCUCACUUGUGUCACUUUUUCCUCCGUCUGUACACAGUAACUGAGCUGAAACUGAGUCACAGCUCAGAUGUUUGUCAAGCUGCAGCUCCAGGACCUGAAUUUCAGUUCAGUUUAGACAAACUUCUGUUUUGAGACAGAACCACUCUCACAUGCUCUCCCUGUCAUGGGUGUCAGAGGCUGUUCCCCUUUUUCAGCACAGGCCUCUCAGUAAUACCAUAGAAGGCUUUGCUCUGUGCUGUUAAUAUCUCAGUGUUUGCUGUUUUUCUGCCGUAUUACAACCAUUCUUUUCAUGCUGUGAUUCUUGUCCCAGAGUUCAUAGUUUCUAAUCAAGUGACCUGCCUGAAGAGCAAAAAGAGCUUCCUGGAACGAUUUCCUCUAUCUGGACACUGUUGAGCUGCAGCAUGCAUGUUAUUGGCUUGUCUCUUUAGCAUGAGGUGUAUCCACAUCACCUAACAUCCACAGAAAAGCAGAGACACAGGGAGAAACUUAUAGUACAGUCAGUCAAAUGCUCAGUAUUACCCACCAGCUGGGCACUUCCCCAAGUGUGUGACAUCGAUAGGCUAUGGUUACAUCUCCUAAAACAAUGAUGACUGUGCUAUCUGAGGAGCUGCAGGACCUUAUGGCUUGCUGCAGAAGAGCUGCUAAUUUCUGCUUUAUCAUCUUCUUCUUUAUUGCAGUAGCUCCUAACUGCUGAUGGACAACAUAGAUAACUUCCUCAAUGUCACAAACCGCAUUCCCUUAGGCCCCUUAUGAACACAUAUUUCAACCUGUCUGUGUAACUUCCUCUGCUGUUGGUUAAAAAUGUAAACCACCGCCCCUGUACCCCACAGUGGGGUACAGGGCUCACCAUUACCCCUCAACAGUCAGUGGUAUUAGGAGUGAGAAUUAGCAGCUGCCCAAUGAUGUUGUCUCCUCUCAAAUUAGAUUGACACGUCUUAAACCCAGUGUGUCGCUACUACUGCUGCACAACGGCCAAUUUGGGGGGGGGGUCUGGAAACCUAACAGGGUGUGUUUGUGUGGCCAGUGUGUGAGGCAGAAAAAAACAUCAGUUUUCAAUGAUAGGUUUCUGGUAAUGUGGAAAAACACAACUGUGAGCACUAUCAGGAGUGGAUGAUGACGUGUUAGGUAGUCAACUGCAUUUCCUAGUAAAGUUUUUGAAGUGUCUACUACUUUGUGAAGAAUUUUGAAGUGAAUUGCUUUGGAAAAAUGAAACUGUAAGUUGUAGUUAAGAUAAAGAGCCUAAAGAAAAAAAGACACUGAUCCACAAACAAAAGCAAAAGAUUUAAUGGAGAAAUCCAUCAGUAAGACAGGAAACAGUGGAUAUCUUCAAAAAAAAAAAUCCAGAGCUGCUUUUUUUGUUAUUUUAUAAUCAAAGGGAAGUAGAAAAUGUUAAACAAUGCUAUUUCAAUUCCUAAAACAACAUUUUGACAUACCAUUAAGUGCAAUCUAUUUGUGAAACUGAAGCUCCUGAACAUGUUGUUUGUAGUUUGUAUGGUGCUGUGCUUCUCUGCUGUGAAUUAAAUGAGUGGGCCUGUAAAGGAUGUGAAGAGCUGCUUGGCUGCCUCUCAGUUUCUCCAGGGUAACUGUCAUCCGCUCGAGCUCUGCUGCUGAAUGAGACUGAGAGGAGAAAAAGGUUUUCUCAGAGCAGCUCAGCAGUGUCAGGGUGUCUCAGUGUGUCACCUGUGGAUUAUGAUCCUCAGAAGAGCUGAUGGCAGUGAAGGAAUCACUGUAGCAGUGGGGGUAAAAUCUCUAAUGUAAAAACACAAAGGUGGAGCUGCUGACUCGCACUGAGGAAAUGCUUCAUUGACUCGUAGUUUCUUGUCCUUCAAAUCUUCCAAAGUGCUUUCAUACUUCUAACCACAAUCUCCCAUCCACACCAUAUUUAUACACUCAUGACAGAGGAUGCUCUAAUGGCUAAUACCAUUCAUUAUUAUUGACACACAAACCUCCAACUGAGCCACAGUCACUGAAGCUUGUAGACUAGUGAAAUUCAGGUGGUUUGUUAUUAUCGCUUCAGAUUAAAAGACACAGUGUUUAUAAGAACUGGACAUAAUCUCAUAAAACACCAUACACUCACCGGCCACUUUAUUAGGUACACCAUGCUAGUAACGGGUUGGACCCCCUUUUGCCUUCAGAACUGCCUCAAUUCUUCGUGGCAUAGAUUCAACAAGGUGCUGGAAGCAUUCCUCAGAGAGCUUGGUCCAUAUUGACAUGAUGGCAUCACACAGUUGCCGCAGAUUUGUCGGCUGCACAUCCAUGAUGCGAAUCUCCCGUUCCACCACAUCCCAAAGAUGCUCUAUUGGAUUGAGAUCUGGUGACUGUGGAGGCCAUUUGAGUACAGUGAACUCAUUGUCAUGUUCAAGAAACCAGUCUGAGAUGAUUCCAGCUUUAUGACAUGGCGCAUUAUCCUGCUGAAAGUAGCCAUCAGAAGUUGGGUACAUUGUGGUCAUAAAGGGAUGGACAUGGUCAGCAACAAUACUCAGGUAGGCUGUGGCGUUGCAACGAUGCUCAAUUGGUACCAAGGGGCCCAAAGAGUGCCAAGAAAAUAUUCCCCACACCAUGACACCACCACCACCAGCCUGAACCGUUGAUACAAGGCAGGAUGGAGCCAUGCUUUCAUGUUGUUGACGCCAAAUUCUGACCCUACCAUCCGAAUGUCGCAGCAGAAAUCGAGACUCAUCAGACCAGGCAACGUUUUUCCAAUCUUCUAUUGUCCAAUUUCGAUGAGCUUGUGCAAAUUAUAGCCUCAGUUUCCUGUUCUUAGCUGAAAGGAGUGGCACCCGGUGUGGUCUUCUGCUGCUGUAGCCCAUCUGCCUCAAAGUUCGACGUACUGUGCGUUCAGAGAUGCUGUUCUGCCUACCUUGGUUGUAACGGGUGGUUAUUUGAGUCACUGUUGCCUUUCUAUCAGCUCGAACCAGUCUGGCCAUUCUCCUCUGACCUCUGGCAUCAACAAGGCAUUUCCGCCCACAGAACUGCCGCUCACUGGAUAUUUUUUCUUUUUCGGACCAUUCUCUGUAAACCCUAGAGAUGGUUGUGCGUGAAAAUCCCAGUAGAUCAGCAGUUUCUGAAAUACUCAGACCAGCCCUUCUGGCACCAACAACCAUGCCACGUUCAAAGUCACUCAAAUCACCUUUCUUCCCCAUACUGAUGCUCGGUUUGAACUGCAGGAGAUUGUCUUGACCAUGUCUACAUGCCUAAAUGCACUAAGUUGCCGCCAUGUGAUUGGCUGAUUAGAAAUUAAGUGUUAACGAGCAGUUGGACAGGUGUACCUAAUAAAGUGGCCGGUGAGUGUAUAUCAAACACCUCAAACAUGUAUUCCUUCUAAUCAUCAGCAGAGAGAGACGUGACUGGUUUUGACCACAGAGUGUAUAAAAGGCCCCCUAUGUUGACUCCAGAUAAAGUUAACUGUGUUAGUCUUAAGUGCUCCAAAUACAGCAGCUCAGGUGUCAGAGAAAGAGGCAGCAGAAGUGAGACUGUGUGGUCAGUAAAAAGGUCUUUAAGUUACUGUAAUUUUUGACAAAUCAGGUUGACAAAUAUUCUGGCAAAUACUCUGAAGUAUGGCGCUGCUCAAAAACUUCUAUGUACAACAUUUCAGCCAAUCAAAUCCUGUGUUUCAGCAAUGGCAAAAUCUCAAUUAGUCUUUACAUGAAGCUUUAGACCUCAUUCAAACUCACACACACUCAAACUCACACACACUUCUCUCAGCCUCAGCUGUUGCAGCAAACAUGGGUUACAAAUGGAUGGCUAUGAAGAAAUAAGAGUGCAUGAGGAAACUGUAGACCUUUUGGAAUUUCAGUCGAUGAGUAUAAAGGAAGUGAGAAGAGAAGAGAUUAAAAUUAACAACAGCAGUUAAAGUACAGCAUCUGUAUGUAAUGGAAUGCAAUGCAUGAGUGCAAAUGUCUAGAUUUUCCGACCUUCCUGUCCACACCUUUACUCUCACCUCCAAGCCCAGUGUAAAACAAAGAUUUGAAGUAUAUAUUUCAAACUUCCGUGAAACUUACUGGACAUUUCUGAACUAUUUGAAAAGAACCUGCAGCUGCCCUUCUGCCAUCUGUAUUUGUUUACAUCAGGGUAGUGUGACUGACAGCUGUUUUGUGCGUCCAACAGGUCCAUGACUUGAAGUUUCAGGCCCAGAGCGCAGAGGAGAAGGAGGCUUGGAUCAAAGCUCUGAGUGAUGGCAUCAAUCGAGCAAAGAACAAGAUCUUUGAUGAGGUAAACAUCAGUCUAACCUUCAGAGACAGUCUGAAGUGAGUCUAUAAAAAAAGCUGAAGUUAAUUAAUAAAUAUGCUUUUAUUUUCAGGUGACGAUCAAUGAGAGCAGUAAUUUGGAGCAUGUGACCCGAUCAAGACCCAAAGGGAACCGUAACCGACGGCCACCGACCAGGAUACACAUGAGAGAGGUUUGUGUUCAAAUCAGUUGACACACACACACAUACAGUAUGUAUGUGUGUGUGUGUGUGUGUGUGUGUGUGUGUGUGUGUGUGUGUGCGUGUGUGCGUGUGCGUGCGUGCGUGCGUGCGUGCGUGCGUGCGUGUGUGUGUGUAACAGACUCCAGGUGGUAAGGUCUAAGCAGGUGUGGAUGAGUUGCAGUGUGGGCAUGAAUGAGUGUUUGUACACUUUGAUUACUCGCUUUCUGCGUAUUUUAGCUUCUAUAAUGAGACAGUUCAGUUUCAUGUUUUCAACAAGGCUUGUAUGAGGUUCUUGUCAACUGUAGGAGUGUUAGCCGCAGGGAUCCCAGCACGGCCUGUUUGCUGGGAAAGUGGCCAGAGAACCUGAACAGAAGCAAGGCUAUCACCUGCUAUUGACAGAAUGACAGAAUCAACUCUCCCUGUUAUUCAGCCAGCUUAAUGAUACUCCAGCCAAAGUACUCUUCUCAGUGCAAACUCUGUUUUAUCUUACUGUCAGGAAACCCAUUCGCUAAUUUCUUGGAUGCAAACCAUGUUGUUCAACCUCUGCUCAGCUAAUUGAGGCGAUAAUGAACAUUUCACUGAUAUUGUGAAUUUGAUUUGGUGUCCUCUCAGUUUGACAUAAUAUUAAGCACCAAAAGUCCAAGAUUAUCUAGCAGACACAAUGAUGAUAAUAAUAAUAAUAAAUUGAAUUGAUAUAGCACCUUUCAAAGAACCCAAGGUGGCUUUGCAAAGUGCCGGAAUAAACUACAGAUAGGAAUAGGGGUGUCCCGAUACAAUAUUGAUAUUGGAUAUCAGUCCGAUAUCAGCAAAAAAAAAAAAAAAAAACAAGUAUCUGAUUAUGCAUCUAAAAUCUCAGAUAUCAGCACUCUGAUAUGAGUAGUCUAUUUUAGACUCUACUCCAGCACCUCUAUCUAGCAGCGCCCGGAUCCAGCAUGCAGAGCCUGUGUACUCACAACAACAGUGUGUACUAAGGUACUAACAAAGUAGCAAAGAGUUGGAGUGAUGUCAGCGUGUGGCAGUAUUUUUUGUUUAAGUCUGAAAAAGACAUUGCAACUUAGUGAAAAACUUGUUAUGCACAAAUAUCAGAUCAAUAUUGGUAUCGGUCAAUAUUGAAGGCUACAAUAUUGGUAUUGUAUCGGAAGUCAAAAAGUUGUAUCGGGACACCUCUAGAUAGGAAUGAUUAUUAUAUAUGUAGUUCUGGUGCAUUCCAGUUGUACUUGGAAGUCAGGAUUUCCAAGCUCCGAGUCGAAACUUUCAACUGGAAUGACCCCUGAGGUCUGAUUUCUGACUCGGAAAGUUGGAUGAUCCACACAACCCUGAGCUGACAUUAAAAGAUGGCGGCGCCAGUUGUAAUCAGUAUGUAGAAACUCCUGUAAUGAGAAAAAAAUAGGCUACCUUCCACACCUUUGUGUUUCCUCUUCAUCCACCAUGUUCACAGGUUGCAGAAGGACCACAUAUUUGUCCGGAGUUGUUUAUAUUCGGACAGGGCAAGCAUGAGAACAACUUUUGUAGAUUUAGCCAUCUUGUUUCUGCUUUUGUUUCUGACUUUGUAACUAAAACACUGAUAACUGACGUCAUUCCCAGCUCCAACUUCCAAGGUAAAUAGAAUGCACCAUUUCUAUAUAGCUCAGUCAGCCUCUUCCCCUCCUGUUGUUAUGUUUGUUGAAUGGAUUUGACUUGUUAAUCAAUAUUUCUAUAACUGUCUAUUAAGUUUUAUUGAAUGUUUGUCUGUAUAUCUGCCUCUGUAGGUAGCUGAUGUGUCAUCUGAUGGUAUCCUGCGUUUGGAUCUGGAUCUUGAAAACGCCUUAAUGCCUAAUGGGACUCACCCUGUCAGUGUAGAUGGGGCUAAAAAAGAGGCCACCAAGACUUCAACACCUUCAUCUGGCGUCAGUGACGCUGCAGAGAAACCGUCAGAGCAAAGUCCAGAUGAAGAGACUAAGACCGAAGUAGCUGCUGCCCCUCAGAAAAAGGUCAUCAAACCCCCCAUGCCCCCGAUCAAAGAGGCCAAACCUACUUCACCACCUGAGGAUGAAGCAGAGAAGGAGGAUGGCUCAGAGACGAAGGUGUGUGUCUUUCUUCUUAUUAUUAUUUAUUUGGUCUUUUUUUGUUUUGGUGAACAUGGCCCUUACAAGAUGACUUGACAUAUUUCAGGUCCUGAAGCCGCCCAUGCCUCCCUCUAAAGAUGCCAAACCCAGUGUUUCCCCAGGAGAGGAGGUUGCAGAGGAGGCAACAGCUGAGAAGGUUCCUGAAAAGAGUCCAGAUGCCAGGAAAAAGACUGGCCCACCACCAACCCCUCCCAACAAACCAAGCUCCAGCAGCUCCAUGAGCAAUCUUUCUGAGACCUCCCACCCUCCCACCCCUCCGUGCAAAGAGAAGAAACCAUCCCAUCCCGCUGUGGGGCCUGAACAAGAGGUGGAGGCUACUACAGAUGAGAAAAAGGAGGAGGAAGAGGACAAAGAGGAAACAGACACAGCUGAGGAAACAGAUAUGGCAGAGCAGGCAAUUUCUACGGAGAACAAUGAUCCAGGUAGCCCCAGUGCAGAGGGUCAGGUGUCUGAAGAAGAAUCAGGAGGUGCAAACAAAGAAUCUGACAAUGAGCCACAAACAGUGACAGGGCCAAUCAGAAAGAGCCCCACUCCUCCACUAGUCCCCAAGAAAAAGCCUGAGAAACCUGUUCAGCCCAACAUGAGACAAACUGAAGGUGAAGCAUCCAUAUCACAGCCAAACCAGGGAGAAGACCCCGCCGCAUUGCUGCAAACAGCCUCAGAUACCUCAGCCAGCUCCACUCAGGCAGAAGAGGCCCUGACAAAGAGUGAAGUCCCCACAGUGGUCGUUUCUCUGAAUGAUCCAGUCACUGACAGCCCCAGCCUGAGUCCGCUGCUCUGCCACUUGUCUGGGGAGAAGAAGAAGAAGAAGGCAGAGGAGAAAUCUGUGGACAGUGGUCAGCACUCAGACGACGACAGCGAAGGCUCUGGAAGUGAAGACAUGCUGGCCGCUUCCACAGCUGCACUGAAAGGAAGCAACGCUGGGCUGGAUGUGUUGGACGCCAGUGAGGAUGACGUUCAGAUCUCUGUUAGCUUAAGGCACCCAAAGGUGGCGACCAAGCCCCAACUCCUAUCAAAGGCAUUUCUCUGUCGCCGCUCAGAGCCAACCCCUUCACUCAAACCCUCAGCAAAGAUGCGGUCAGCCUCCAGUGGAGACCUGCUGUCUGACUCCUUCGCCUGCUCUCCUGCCCCAGGUGAUAAUGUCAUGAAACUGGAGGCUGAAGUGGCUCUGGAGAUGGAAAAGACGAGGGAGCUCCUGAGCAGAGUGUCUCAGUUAGAGGAUGGAAGUGAGGGGGAGGCCAUGCCAGAGGAUCUGCUUACUAAGGCCAUGGAGAAGCUGAAGAAAGCCGACCAUGUCCUCAAAGAGGUCCAAAAACUGACACCUGCAAAGAAUUCAAGCCACAGAAAAAGCUGGUGAAAGAUUGAGCUGAAAAUGAACAUCAAAGUUUCUGUCCAUCCAUAAUUCAGCAGUCCUGUCAGGAUCUGUGUCAGUCCACCUACUGUACAACUUCCUGUAAAGAUUUGGGGGCUUGUUUGAGUGUCUUCCUUCCAAAUCCAGAAACACUGGUGUGUCUGUGUAUCCUUAUGGGCAGAUGAUACAGGAACACCACAGCUCAAGUCUCUCCAGGGAAGCAGAUUGUCUUUAUGCAGUGUGUCAAGUAGCCGAAGCUUCAGAUGUUGUUCAGAAAGUUGUUUUAUCAUUUCGACAGUUCAGAAAGUGAGAGAACUUAAAGCUGAAAUUAGCAGAGACAUCCGUUCUUGACCUGCAAAAGAAAAUAUGAUCGUAUUGUUUUUUUAAUGUCUGUAAAUAAGACUUGGUCUGAAAAACCAGCCAUGGUCAGGAAAAGUUCAACACAGCAAAGACACUUUGUCCAGGAGAGGGGCACCAAAUACAAAAUAACCCUGAAGUUCCUGAUAGGAGCUAUAACUCGUCAUAUCUGAAUGAGAAGAAAAGAAAGUUUUGGAAAUGUAUGAAAAUUAAGAACACCAAAAGUAUUAGAAGUUUUUAUUUAAUAUCAGCGGAUAACUGAAAAAGUUUUCAGGUGUUGAACUAUGUUUAACCAUAGACUGCAUAUACUAUGAACAACUUGGUUCCGCUUUCUGCCAGUAUACGGAUUUGAAGCCAAUGAGCUCUCAGUAUUUCCUGGAUUUUCUCCACUUCCUGUAACCACCACUUGCACAGUAGCAUUAUCCGCAUUUGGUGGGAGAGUUGCCAAGAGUCGCUGUGGUGACGCUUGGCUCAGACAGCGUAUCCCCGGGUGAGCGACGCAAUCUUCGUAUAGAUUGCCCAUAGGCUGUAUCAGGUGUCAAUCAUAGAAAACAUGAACCCCUCAUAACUUUUAAAAAUGGAGCUGUACAGAAAAAAAGAGGACUUGAGCACAAACCAGUCUUACAGUAACUACAUGUCAACAUAGCAAGCAGGGGGGAGAAAAAAUUAUAUUACGUGUAAUAAAUUUCUAAAUUUUGUCCAAAGCCCCAUAGGGAUUGCUGGAGGAGGCAGGAUUUAUGACCUAUAGGGCAGCCCAUCACCAGAGGGGGUGCUUUUCUCGCAGUGGCUUCACCCAGCAAGGAGGCAGACGGCGUCCAUGCUAUAUACAGUCUAUGUGUUUGACUGUCUCUAGCAACAUUAUAUUGUGGCCAUAAAAUGUUGCAUUUAUUUCAACUUUAAAGAUUAAAAUCAUGACUUCACUGUAGCAUCAAGACAGUUUGAUCAAAAAAGACAGAUUUAUGUUUUGUUUCAGUCAAAUAUUUUAUAGCUUCUGUUUGUACGACCCAUUAGAUGUGGGCUUUAAACAUACUGCGCUAUUACAGUUACAUUUUCAAUGCGGCACCUCUAGAUAACAGUACAUCGACUUAAUACCAAACAGGCUUCCUGAGCUUUUUAGGCCCACAUAUGAGACUAAAUCUGUUAUUGUUGCAAUGAGGUGGCAGUUAAGCUUCAGAGUGAAUGGCUGCUGUGUGAUGUCUCUGUGUUUGCUGAACUUUUAUGCCCGAAGAACUUUUUCACCACAAACUCCCGAACAUGGCUUCAACAACCCGUCAAUCUCCAACCACUGUAGUGUGUGUAGUUCUUGGUUACACAAUAAAUCAUGCUUUUUUAGGCCAUGUUGUCCUCUUUGGAGAAUUUAUCUUCUGAUGGCUCCACCACCAUGUCCUGUUUGCAAAGUUGCUCAGAGACUUUGUCCCUGUGAUGUUUUAAAGCUGUUAAUGUUGUGUUACUGGAGGGAGGAUUUUAACUAUGACUGUUUGAAAUGGAGCUAAAUUUCAGAGUUGAUUGAGUCAACGUUUCAGCAGACCGAUUUAUGAUUGCCAAUAAGAGGUGUUGUGAAGGGGACAGGGUUUACAGAGCAGUCAGUCUGUGGAUUUGGUAAGAAUGACAAAAGUGUCUCAUUUUUGAUUGUUACUGUAUACAGCACAUGUAACUGUUUGCACAAAAUACCAAUGUGCAAUUUGUUCUUGUUUUAUUUUCUCUGCAGCUGAAAUUUAAUGCCAUUUGUUAUGUCUGUUUUUUGUUUUGAAUACCUGAUAUUUUCAAGAAUAAAUUACUUGAAAGCUAAUUUGACAUCUUAUAAUAACACACAACAAUACUGUCAAUAAAAUAAUGGAGAACAUGCAGGUUAACUAAAAAAAUCAAAUUAUACAGCUUUGUCAAUUUUCUGCAGUUUUUCUUCUUUUUUAGUUAACAUGUUUUGCUUCCAGUUUAUAUGAGGGAAUUUUUGUUGUACAUACCUAAUAUGUUUACCACAGCACCUGCUGUUUAAUGUAGAGGGAAGUGUGUCACCAUAGCUCAGGAGUUUUCUGUUUGUGUUUCUGAAAACCUGUUACUCCACAUGAGUAGCAGGUUCUUGUUAUUAUUAAUGUGUUCUUAAUACAGAUAUUUUAGGCCUGCAUGGCACAUUGAGCUCUCACUAACAUACAAUCAUUGCUUAUCAGUGAUGGACUUUGUGAAUCAGAAAGUUUGAAGAAAUCUUUGUUGAAAUCUGUCGUGGUGGUUUGUACGACACUUUUUUAACUUUAGAUACAGUUUUUUAUUCUUUGAUAACAUUUGCUACUGCCCAAAUAAACAAAGGACAACUACCUGUUGUGUGUCUUUAAUUUGAUCAUCACCUUUCGGCUUGUUUAUGUGAGUCAUUCACAGAUGUCACUUUUUUCUCAGC